AAGGAGGCGGCAGAGGCGCGGCGCGGCUUGUGCCGAGCCCUCCCCCGCCCGGUCCCGAGGCCGCCACGGGCCCAAGAUGGCCGCCGCGGCGGGGCUGCGGUUCCGCGGGCCGCUCGUUUUGCGGUGCGGCCCCUGGCGAAGCUUCACCUCCCGGACGGACGGCGAGGCCCGAGUGAGCCGCGUCCUGCGGGAGAAGUUCCCCCGCGCCUCUGCCAUCAGGGUGGUGGACAUCUCCGGAGGCUGCGGUGCCAUGUACGAGGUCCACAUCGAGUCGGAGGAGUUCAGGGAGAAGCGGCCGGUGCAGCAGCACCAGAUGGUUAACCAGGCGCUGAGUGAAGAGAUCAAGAGCAUGCAUGGACUGCGCAUCUUCACCUCCACCCCCAAGCCCUGAUGCUGGGCUGAGCUCUGUGGUGGGAAGUGGGGGAAUGGGAGGGGACUUGUGCAGCUGCCGGGAAUGACCCGGUCAAUAAAGAUGCUGGAGGCUG